GAUUCACCGAGCAGUUCCCUGCUAUCCAGGCUGCAGCCAUAGAUCCACGCAUAAGAAGGCCCAUGGAGAAGGAAAGGUUGGACAGAAUAGGCAACGAGGACUUAAGGAAAGCAGAGGAGUUUGUGCAUCUCAUGCGGAAGCAUUACACCUCCACACUGGCCGUCUCCAGCGACAAAAGUGCAACCUGCGGUGAGAUUUUGCCCAUCUUGCAGAAGCUGGAGCAACAGUACACUGUGCAGGAAGGUGACUCUGCGUUCACAAGGAGCAUCAAGGAGAACAUUUGGAAGGAUCUCUCCAAACGCUACCAGGGAACUGACAUUCAGAGAUUCCUGGAGGAAGCCACCAUCUUGGACCCCAGAUUUAAAUACAAAGUGAAAAGUGAUGCAGUCUGGGACAGGAUCAGGGAAGCUGCAAUAACAGCAAAUACAGUGGCAGCAAGAGAUGAGCUCCCAGGGGAAGGAGAGACACAGAGGGAAGGCUGCGAAGAUGGGGAGGAGGAAGAAGUAGAAGAACACUAUGCACUGCCACCACCAUCAAAAAAGACAGCCUUGGAAGAACUAUUCGAGGAGGAGGACAACGAGCUGCAGUCAAUCCGUGAAUCACAGCCCCGUCUUUCCCUGGCUCAGAAGGUGGAUCAGGAAAUCCAGUUCUACAAAAGCCUGCCCUCCAUCCCCUGCAGGGAUAGCGCCGCACUGUGGUGGUGGAACAAGCAGGAUACGCUGCCCUUGCUAUCUGGACUGGCUGAAAACUACCUCUGUGUGCAGGCUUCCUCCACCCCAUCUGAGAGGGUGUUCUCCACGGCUGGAGACACCAUAAGCCCCGAAAGAUCCCGUAUCCUUCCAGAAAAAGCAGAUAUGCUCAUAUUUCUGCAAAAGAACUGUUAAUUUUCCCUACUACUACUUGAGUGCACACACACACACACACACACUCACACUCACACUCACACUCACACUCACACACACACACACACACACACACACACACACACACACACACACACACACACACACACACACACACACACACACACACUGUGCUUGUGAUUACAUUGUUCUUGUAAUUACAUGAUUCAGUAUUUGUUAUUUGUUGUUAUUUGUUACAUUUUCUUGUACAGAAAAGCAGAUAUGUUCAUCUGCAAAAGAACUGUUAAUUUUUUUUACACACACACACACACACACACACACACACACACACACACUACUUGAGUGCGCGCACACACACACACACACACACACACACACACACACACACACACACACACACACACACACACACACACACACACACUUGUUAUUAGAGAUUAAUAAGUAACUGUCACAAUAGAAUAUUUUUCAUUAAAACAAAGAUAAAUGUUACAUCAAACUGUUUAUUCUCCUUUUUCCCCCAAAUUGGAAUCGAUAAGAGAAUCGAUAAGGAAUUGAAUCGUUUCACAGAAUCGAUAAGGGAAUCGGAAUCGUAAAAAUCUUAUCAA